UGUUCCGCGUUGGCCUGGACGUGGCACCGUGAGGAGCUGCGCCCUCAGUCCGCUCCGCGCUUUCCCGGCUCCGCUCCGCCGCUGCUCCCGGACCUCCGACUCUGCCCGCCGCCAGUGUGUGACCUCCCGCCGCCUCUCAGCAAUCAUGGGCCUCACCAUCUCGUCGCUGUUCUCCAAACUCUUCGGGAAAAAGCAGAUGAGGAUUCUGAUGGUCGGUUUGGACGCUGCUGGAAAAACGACGAUUCUCUACAAACUGAAGCUCGGCGAGAUCGUCACCACCAUCCCCACCAUCGGCUUUAAUGUGGAGACAGUCGAGUACAAGAACAUCUGCUUCACGGUUUGGGAUGUUGGUGGUCAGGACAAGAUCCGACCUCUGUGGAGACACUACUUCCAGAACACACAGGGUCUGAUCUUCGUGGUGGACAGUAACGACAGAGAGCGAGUCGCUGAGUCAGCGGAGGAACUCUCCAAGAUGGUCCAGGAGGAUGAGCUGAAGGAUGCGGUCCUUCUAGUGUUCGCCAACAAACAGGAUCUCCCGAAUGCCAUGGGGGUCAGCGAGCUCACCGACAAGCUUGGUCUGCACAGCCUGCGCAGCAGAACCUGGCAUGUGCAGGCUACCUGUGCGACACAGGGCACAGGUCUGUAUGAGGGGCUGGACUGGCUGUCCAAUGAGCUGUCGAAGCGUUAGACCACCUGACAGGAAGCAGACUGAUUUCAGCCGCUGAUGUCACCGUGUACAAAGGAGGAGGAGCGUGUCAGCGUUCCUUUUUUUUUUUUUUUUUUGUUUUUUAAAUUAUACCUGUGUGUCUGUAGGAGGAAGUGAUGUCAUGGACUCUGAGCUCACCUUGAUUUCCCCUCAUCCUCUUCUGUUCUUCAGGUGUUUGUUAGAUCUUCUUUUAAUCCGCAUGUUUUAACUCAGAAUCAUGUGACAGGAGGAGGGGCGGGGCUUACGGCAGGUGAUGGUCACCUGGUCGUGUGAUGACUCAUUCCAGAGAGCCGUGUGGCGGCCUCGUCAUUCCUUAUUAAGUGAAGAAGAAAGGGAGAGACCAUGAUGCAAUAAAGGUUUUUUUUUUUCUUCUCA